CGCUCAACGCUAACCAUGAAGUUCCUGCUCACUCUCGCCAUUCUCGCUGCCGCGAUCUUCGUGUGCUUCGGCUCCAGUGCCACCUGGGGACGUCGCAACAACAACGACUAUCUGCUCUCACGCCAGGUGGAGGUGCGCAAUCCCAUCAAGAACAACUACUGGAACGUCAACGUUGACUUCCCACGUGCGGGCACCGUCAACUACUACAACAUCUCCGCCAUCUACGUGUACGAUAACUUCAGGAACACCUCGGGCGCCACUCCCGCCCUGUGGUCCGGCGGUCCAGGCUAUCGUUUCGCUCAGAUCAACCUCCGCAGCCAGGUGAACCGUGGCCUCAACUCCACCAUCGAGAUCUAUGGACGCUAAUCCAAGGAUAUAAUAACUCCGAAUAAAUAUGAAUAGAAACCUAAAAUCAAA